UUGUUAAUUCAGCAUUCAUAUUUCCGACUGAAAAGCUGCUAAACCCCAAAUCAAUUACAUAUGUGGCGAUGAACAUGAACAUUCAACAUUCUGCACCACCAUUAUGCAUCAAUUUCUCCAUUCCCAAAUCUUCCGUGCAAUCCGCCCCCAACAUUUAACUGCCAAAUCAAAGUUCUCCUCAUUUUCCGAUCAUGCUCUCGAUGAUUCCAUCUCGGAUAAAGUGCUCGCCCUCAUCAACUCUGAACGUCCCAUCGAACCCGCUCUCGCCGCGCUAUCUCCGUCGCUCAAUCGCGAACUCGUCAUUUCAGUCCUCCAAUCUCAGGCCCGAUUGAAGAAGGAACCACUGAUCAGCUUCCGAUUCUUCAUCUGGGCUUCUGAUACGGCGCACUUGCGAAGUAGCUUCUCUCAUAAACUGAUGGUUGACAUGCUUUUGAGCAGCGGGAAUGUGAAUUCUUUGGAUUCGUGCUGGGGCCUUCUUGAUGAGUUGAGGAAUGAGAAGAUGAGCGUUUCAGCAGAUGCCUUUUCCGUCUUGAUUUUGGGUUAUUGGAGACUGAAAAACGCGGAGAAAGCGGUGGAUGCAUUCGGUAGGAUGAAGGAUUAUGAUUGUAAGCCGAAUUUAUUUGCUUGCAAUGUUAUUCUUCAUGUUUUGGUUAAGGAAAAUGCGAUUUUAUUAGCACUGGCAGUUUACAACAUGAUGAUUAAGUUGAAUAUUGAUAUGGGAUGCGAUACGUUCAACGUUUUGAUUGAUGGGCUGUGCAAGAAUGGGAUGAUUGAGGCUGCCCUCAAUCUGUUUGAAGAAAUGACUAACAGAGGGAUUCUGCCAAAUAGGAUCACAUAUACAGUGGUAAUAUCAGGGUUGUGCAAAACAAAGCGGACUAGCGAUGCAUAUAAUCUGUUUAACGAGAUGGUGAGUAGUGGAUGCAAACCUGAUUCUGCUACAUACAACACUUUGAUUGAUGGUUUCUGCAAGCAAGGCCUGAUCGAUGAGGCCUGCGUGCUCUUGAAAUCAUUUCAAGACGACAAGGAUGGUGUUGGGAUAAAGGGGUUUAGCUGUCUGAUUAAUGGGUUGGUGAAAGCCAACAGGUUUAGUGACGCAGAGGUGUUGUUUCAGAAAGUUCUCCAGGUAGGGUUAGAGCCUGACAUUGUCUUGUACACUAUCAUGAUGCGUGGAUUGAGUGAUGCUGGAAGGAUGAAUGAUGCAGUUAGUAUGUUGAGGGAUAUGCUAGGGAGAGGCAUAGUUCCCGACACUCAAUGUUAUAAUGUAUUGAUCAAGGGGUUCUGCGACUUAGGAUUGUUAGAUGAUGCUGAAUCUCUCAAGCUAGAGAUUUCUCGGAACAAUCAGUUCCCUAACAUGUGCACUUUCACUAUUCUUAUCCGAGCUUUCUGCAGAAAUGGCCUGCUGGUGGAGGCUCAGCAGAUUUUUAACAGCAUGGAGAAGCUAGGAUGUUCUCCUUCUGUUGUGACGUUCAAUGCCCUGAUUGACGGGUUGUGCAAGGGAGGAAAGCUUGAGGAGGCGCAGCUAAUGCUGUAUAAAAUGGAAGUUGGGAGGAGCCCGUCAUUGUUUCUUCGCCUCUCUCAAGGUGCUGAUCGCAUCCUUGAUACUGCAAGCCUACAGAAGAAGGUUGAAGAUAUGAUGGAGUCUGGCUCAGUUUUGAAAGCUUACAAGCUUCUGAAGAAGCUUGCUGCCAGCGGGGUCGUCCCAAAUGUGGAGACGUACAACACUUUGAUACACGGCAUGUGCAGUGCAGGGCACAUCAAUAUUGCUCUUAAACUCUUGGAGGAGCUCCAGCUCAAGGGCUUGUCCCCGGAUUCUGUGACAUAUGCAACACUCAUAUAUGCGCUCCUAAAGGUUGAUAGAGAUGGUGAUGCGUAUAAGCUCUUUGAACAGAUGAAUGCAAAUGGAUGCAAACCUAGCUCGUCCGUGUACAAAACAUUCAUGAGUUGGUCUAGCAGGAAGAAGCAGAUGUCUGUCACCAUUAGUUUCUGGUUAAAGUACUUGAAGAGCCGAGCUGGUGUGAAGGACGAAGUAUUACAAUCAGUUAAAGAAUGUUUUGAGAAGGAUGAAUUUGAGCAAGCUGUGAGAAGCUUACUUGAGAUGGACAUCAAGUUGGCAGAUUUUGAUUCAACAUUAUAUGACAUUUGGCUGACUGGACUUUGCCUAGCUAAACAAGCAGAGGAGGCUCAUAAGGUGUUCUACGUUCUUGAGGAGUUCAACGUGCCCGUUUCUCCCCCUUCAUGUGUGCUGGUGAUUCGUGCUCUAUGCUUCAAAAGAGAACUCAAUAAAGCAGUCGAUGUCUUUCUCUACACCCUGCAGAAAGGCUACAGACUGAGACCACAGCUCUGUAACAGUCUAGUCGGAGCGCUUCUCAAAUCUAAGGAUAAAGUGAUAGUUGCUUUGGAGCUUCUGGACAGAAUGAAAUCUGCUGGUUAUGACCUAAACUCUCAUCUUUAUCCAAGAACAAAAUCUCUUUUGCCCCACAUUUAUAGUUUGCUGAAUGUGGACAAUGCAGCAGCUACAUAGUUUUAUUGUACAAUUUGAAUCGUUCCGAUAGAUUUGGUGCUGUUUUUUCUCUUGGCUUUGCAAUUUUUUGGGUGAUGGAGGUUGUCAGAUCUGUUUUAAAUGCUGAGAAAAAUGAUAGGAGUGAUGAUUAGAAAUUUCACAUCCUCAUUUUUGUAGCUUUGUAUCUAAUACUCUCUCAUUCUGUUGUAUGAAAUAGGGGUAGAGAUUGUUUUUUGACACUUGAAAAUGGAUUAAAUCAGAUGGUUCUAUGCCUUUAUCUUUCUUACACUUGCUACUAUGGAACCAAUAAAAAGGUGAGGUUAGGUAAAUCACAAACUGCAAAAGAACAUGUUUGAAACUAGAACCUUGUAAGAAAUCACACCUUAAAGAAAUGGAGCAUAAUUUCUCUGUUUGUCUUGGACAAUGUCCUGGAUCCCCUGUUAGAUUGGCUAUGUACAUGGGGGUUGGAUCCAAAAAUUUAAAGAAGCUGCUUACAGAUUUUAUGAUUCAGAGAAGGCAUUGUCUGAUGCUAUUGAAGUUACAGGGGCAACUCUAGGCCCCGUUUUACUUUCAAUGAGCGAAUAUCUCAUGUCUAGCUCUAAUGAAACCUACAGUUGAGGUAUGGAGCAGUUGUGAUGGAUGAACAGAGUGAAGAUGGAAGUCUAGGAUAUACUGCUCUUCACAACAGACUUGUCAGCAUGGUGGUCCGACAUUUUUUAAUUUGAUAAAUUCAGAAGUACUGAGGCUCACUACUCUUAAUGAGAAUAUGACCAUUCAACACGUAAUCACCCAUUGCCCAUGACAGAGAGUCAGCUUCAGCAACGCCAUGUAUCCAUACUGUCAUAUUGGGCUUCAACAUACUUUUUGGACUUUGUCAGCUUCUUAUUUCCUUCAUCUUUUGCCCUCUUCUACAUAUUUGGUCUAGAGCAAGUCUUUCUUCUCCACCAGCCUCAUGUUCUUGGGAUAUGGAUUAUCAAUAGCAUCAUCUACUUAUUGUCUCACUUUUUUUCUUUUCUGAGCAUAGCAUGGAACAGGUACUUGACUCUGAAGUUGUGCUUUACAUAGUGGGGAUUACAGUCAGUUACUAAAUCUAUUUGUGAAUGUUGUCCUAUUGCUGCAUUUUUUCACUGGCUUUAUUCUCAAUGGGACUUAUAGCGUCAACAGCACAAGCCAAUUCUCUUCUCAAGGUUGGAAUAUUUAUUCUGAACAUUAGGUUUAUCCUUUCAUAAAUGUACAGCAUUAGAGAUUAAAAGUAGUCGGACAAGAUCUUUAUUAAUUUCCCUUUUAUUGCUGAAACUGUAUUCAUUUCCCAUCCUUGAACUUGUUGAAAUUUGCCGAUUAGCCAUCAUAUGCAUUAAGUGGAGGGAACAAACGAAAAUUAUCAGUUGCAAUUGCAAUGAUUGGAAAUCCUCCCAUUGUCAUUCCUGAUGAGCCAUCUACUGGUACUAAAAUCUGUUCUUCUCUUUUCAUAGUAUGGCUGUGCAUAUUCAAAAACAAGUUGAUCUUAGUUUGUGUGUGUGAGCGAGAGAGAAAGAGAGGCCCUAAUAUUAAGAACCUUUCAUUUCAUUCCAAUCACUUGAUCCUUGUAUUGAGAAACUUCAUUUAAAUCCCUUAAUUCUUUAUUCUCAAAAGCAUUAUGUUUGAGUUCAAAGCUCCAUAAUCAUUAUCAUGAUCUUAAGGAAUGGGUUGAAUCGCCAAAAAUUCAUGUGGGAAGUUCUAUUGUGUCUAUCAACAAGAAGAGGAAAGACGGCUGUUAUACUCACUACUCAUAGAAUGAAUGAAGCUCAAGCUCCCUGCACCACGAUUGGGAUAAUGGUGGGAGGCAAGCUCAGAUGUAUUGAGAGUCCACAACAUUUGAAAAACAGAUUUCGCAAUCAUCUCGAGCUAGAGGUUAACCCUACUGAAGUGAGCUCUUUGGAAUAAGAUGUGAUGUGCCAAACAGUUCAAGACAAGUUCUUUCACAUCCACGAAGCAUACUCAAUGACCUUGAAGCCUGCAUAGGACAUGCCGGCAGCAGUGCUGCUGAACAGCGACAGAAAUCAGCUUAUCGAAUGAGACUGUUGUGACAAUUGUGUGGUGGCUUGACAAUAAAGAACGAGUGAUACACUUGUGUCAGCAAAUAGAGAUUCUCGUAGGACUUUUUCCAACCCACUUUCCUUUACAAUUCUUAAUACUUGUGCCAGAAACAAAGUGGAGAAUUAUUAGGGGAUGGGGGGAAUAUUUCUCAAAAUAAGUUUAACCAAGAUUGGACUACAGUAGGUGUCAAUUUCUAGAAUGAAUUCAAUAAAUUGGCUGUUAUAUUAUUGUGAUGAAGAAAGAAGCCUAGUCAACGAAGAUAAAUGGAUGAAAAAGAUUGUGAUGAAGAUUCUUCAAA